GUUCUAAAUUCUUUAACCUGGAUUAAAAAUGUUUGUUUUUUUCUUAGGGUUUUGAUUUUUCUUUGUCCAUUUGAUAUAAAAAAAGGUAUUUUGGUAGUAGCCAUUUUCUUCGAGAAAACCAUCUUCUCCAGAAUCUAACCCGCCACCUUAUCUCUCAAUCUUCCUUCUUAUGUUCUGAAAAUUUUCACAGCAUAUUGUGGGGGAUUUGAUUCCUCAAUUCUUUUGAAGAAACCAUAGGAGAGAUAUGGAAGCUGUUCUAAAAACCAAAGGGCUUCUUUCAUUACCACCAAAUCCGACCAGUGCCAGAAGCCUUUUGAACCCAUCACAAGGCUUAAAGCAGAGGCUCUUUGCUUCGAAACCCUUAGGCCUUAAUGGGUUAUCGGUGUCUUAUAAAAGAGUUCCAAGCGUUGUAGCAAAACCAAAUGGGUUAUUCCCGGAACAGAAGAGCUUCAUUUGCAAGGCCGAGGCUGCCGCUGCAGGCGAUGGGCAGCCUUUGAUUGGAGAAACUGAGAAGAAGCCAAAGUUCUUGGGUAUUGAGCUUGUGACUCUUAAGAAGAUUAUCCCACUCGGGUUAAUGUUCUUUUGUAUCCUCUUCAAUUACACAAUACUCAGGGACACAAAAGACGUCUUGGUUGUGACAGCUAAAGGAAGCAGUGCUGAGAUUAUACCCUUUUUGAAAACAUGGGUUAAUUUGCCUAUGGCAGUUGGGUUCAUGUUGUUAUACACAAAGUUGGCAAAUGUGUUGUCAAAGAAGGCUCUUUUCUAUACUGUUAUUAUUCCUUUCAUAAUCUUUUUUGGUGCAUUUGGGUUUCUGUUGUAUCCUCUCAGCAAUUACAUCCACCCUGAAGCACUUGCUGAUAAGCUUCUUGCAGUCCUUGGACCAAGAUUUCUUGGUCCUCUUGCAAUUCUGAGGAUUUGGAGUUUCUGCUUGUUCUAUGUCAUGGCUGAACUUUGGGGUAGUGUGGUCAUUUCUGUUCUAUUUUGGGGGUUUGCUAAUCAGAUAACUACUGUAGAUGAAGCAAAGAGAUUCUAUCCACUGUUUGGACUUGGUGCGAAUGUUGCCCUCAUUUUUUCUGGUCGAACUGUUAAGUACUUUUCCAAUUUGAGGAAAAAUCUGGGUCCUGGAGUUGAUGGUUGGGCCAUCUCCUUAAGGGGGAUGAUGAGCAUUGUGGUGCUGAUGGGGGCAGUCAUCUGUUUCCUGUACUGGUGGGUGAAUAUGUUUGUUCCCCUUCCCACUCGUAGCAGGAAAAAGAAGGAAAAGCCUAAAAUGGGAACAAUGGAGAGCUUGAAAUUCUUGGUGUCUUCAAGGUACAUCAGGGAUCUUGCCACUUUGGUGGUUGCAUAUGGUAUUAGCAUCAACCUUGUUGAAGUUACCUGGAAAUCAAAGCUCAAAGCUCAGUUUCCAAGCCCUAAUGAAUAUUCCUCCUUCAUGGGUGACUUCUCCACUGGCACUGGAAUAGCAACAUUCAUUAUGAUGUUGCUAAGUCAAUUUAUAUUUGACAAAUACGGAUGGGGAGUUGCAGCGACGAUUACACCCACUGUCCUGCUUCUGACCGGAGUCGGUUUCUUUUCCUUGAUAUUAUUCGGAGAUCCAUUUGCACCCACUCUUGCAAAGUUUGGGAUGACUCCUCUUCUUGCAGCUGUAUAUGUAGGUGCCUUGCAAAACAUUUUCAGUAAGAGUGCAAAGUACAGUUUAUUUGAUCCUUGCAAAGAAAUGGCCUAUAUUCCAUUGGACGAGGACACCAAGGUUAAAGGGAAGGCUGCCAUUGAUGUUGUCUGCAACCCGUUGGGGAAGUCCGGGGGUGCUCUGAUCCAGCAGUUCAUGAUCUUGACCUUUGGAUCACUUGCAAAUUCUACCCCAUACCUUGGAGGGAUACUUAUGGUGAUUGUUUUUGCAUGGCUGUCGGCAGCCAGGUCUUUGGAUGUCCAAUUCACUGCAUUGCGUAGGGAAGAAGAACUUGAGAAGGAGAUGGAAAGAGCAGCUGUUAAGAUACCAAUCGUGUCCGAAAGUGGAAGUGUCUCUCCAAGUGGUUCAUCAGUAGACUCAGUAGCGGGUGACUCGCCCGGAAGUUCAUCUGAAACAUCAACUCCGAGCAAUAUCUAGGAAGUAAUUCUUCCACUUGUUAUGGAACAGAAAGAAUAAGCAGCGGUGCUAGGUGACUACUGGCUCUAGAAUUUACUUUAUAUUUAUAGAAAGAAUAAUAGCUAAAAGCAAAAAUGCUUGCUUCACUCUCGACUGUUCUUUUAACUCCCUUUCCUCAGAUGUUGAGCUUAGUGUUUGUUUAGCUACUGUAUCCUGUAGAAUUGCAUUUAGAUUCACAUCAAUCUAAGCCCCUUUUUGAUCUCCAAAA